UGAAGGCUUGACUUUGCUGUGAGUUAACAUGAACCCAGCAGUGGUUCUGCUGGGCCUGGUCCUUCUGCUGGACACUACAUUUGGAGCAGAAGAGUCCUGCAUGGGCCGCUGUGGCUCCUUCGACCCGCAGAAGAAGUGCCAGUGUGACUCCAUGUGUGUGUACUAUGGGAGCUGCUGCAGGGACUUUAACACCAUCUGCCCCAGGAAAAUUUCUCGAGGAGACGCGUUUGAAGAGGCAGAAGAUGUGAACGUUACUGAGCUCACCACGACCCUCAGACCCACUGUGAACACAGCUGCACCCACAGUCCUGCCCUCAUCAACGCCCCCACCCACCACCACCGCGGGGCCCACGCCUCCUGAUGACCCGGACGCAGCACCCUGCAGCGGUCGACCCUUCGAUGCCUUUCUGCAGCUGAAGAACGGCUCAAUCUACGCGUUCAGGGGGGAGUAUUUCUUUGAGCUGGACGACAAAUCCGUACUUCCUGGUUACCCCAAACUCAUCCAGGAUGUGUGGGGGAUCUCUGGGCCCGUCAGCGCUGCGUUCACACGCAUCAACUGCCAAGGAAAGUCUUACAUCUUUAAGGGUAAAAAGUACUGGAGGUUCGAUGGUGAUGUCUUGGAUGAGGACUAUCCAAGGGACAUUUCUGUUGGUUUUGAAGGAAUACCAGAUGAUGUUGAUGCGGCAUUUGCUGUACCGGCACCAAAUCAUCGUGGAAAGGAGAAAGCUUACUUCUUUAAAGGGGAUAAAUAUUACCAGUAUGAGUUCAAGCACCAGCCGUCCCACGGAGAGUGUAUCCAGAUGAGCAGAGCUUCCCCCUCUGUGCUCUUCACACAAUACACGGACCUGAUGUGCGAUCAAACCUUGGAGGAUCUCUUCACUGAUCUUUUUGGAAGUUCUUUCAGCAGUGACAACAUUAGGCCUCAGUUCAUCAGUAGAGACUGGCUCGGCGUCAGGCCCCCUGUAGAUGCGGCCAUGGUGGGUAAAGUUUAUCUCAGUUCCAGUCCCACGGCAUCGACUCCACCUGCGAGGAGGCGAAGCAGUCGAAGGAGGAGGCCCAGCAAGAGGCGAGGCUGGCAUCGGAGAAGGCAGAGUCGCGAUAUUUUUGAUGAUCUGUGGCUCUACAACGACUGGUUUGACCUCAGCGAAGAUUACAGCGGCAUCGCUGAUGAAACCACAGCUCAGGACUACACCCCAGUUCAAAAUGUGUACUUUUUCAUAAGAGACAAGUACUACAGAGUGGCUCUGCAGACAAAACGUGUGGACAAUGCCAGCCCUCCUUACCCACGAUCCAUUGCAAAAUACUGGCUGGGCUGCAAGCGUGAGGAGGCGCCCGAUUCAUCCAAAGCAGAGAAGUGAUGAGCCAAGGAGAAAAUCCACUGCGUUUGAAUCUCUUUGAGCUCAGUAUAGUUCCUUUUCCAUCACAUUUGUUGUUGGAACAUUAAUCAUGAUGAUAAAUUCAUAAUGUGUGCUGUAGGAGGAUGAGUUUUACAUUUUAGUGCUGACUGCUUCCUAUAUUAUUUUCAACUUGUUUUUACAAUGCAUUUUUUCACAACCUUUUAAAGUUCUCUCAAAUGUACUUUUGGGUGAUGCAGGUCUGUGAUUUCUGCACGGCAUCAUUUUAUGUGCACACACUGACCUCUGCUGGGUAUUUUUUGCAUUUGACAAGUAUAUUACAGGACUCUGUGCGGAGUAAUUUCUUAAAGGCAUGUCGCCCUCUGCUGGACAAAAUGCAGUAAUAAAAACAUUCUGUUUACAGCCUCAUAAAUAAAAUAAAAAGUGCUUUA